GUUACUCAACUUUGUUGUUUCCUAACAGAUACCAAAACCAAGAAACAGAAGAGCGCGAUUAUCGAUCGAAACAAUUCAUCUGUGCAUUGCCUAGAUCUGCUCACUUGUUUCUACGCCUUGUGAUCCGAGAAAAUCUUUGAGCAGAGGAAGAACUUAAGUGAUUGCUGGCUGCUGUUCGUUGUGCGAAGAUGAAGCGAUUCCAAGAUGAUGUUCAUGCUAACUCUCAAUUGAAGCGCCCGUUUGGCUCUUCUCGUGCAGAAUCACAUGGGCAAUCCCAGAUUCCUGGUGGAGAUGGAGCAAGAGGAGGAGGAGGGGUAGGUAAACAGAAACUGAGAACCUAUGAUGCCUUAUCCUACCUCAAGGAAGUUAAGGAUGUGUUUCAAGAUCAAAGGGACAAAUAUGACAUAUUUCUUGAUGUCAUGAAAGAUUUUAAGGCCCAAAGAGUCAACACCGCUGGUGUCAUAGCCAGGGUAAAAGAAUUAUUCAAAGGCCACAACAAUCUAAUACUUGGAUUCAACACCUUUUUGCCGAAGGGUUCUGAAAUUACGCUCAUAGAAGAGCAAGAUGCCCCACUGAAGAGCACUGUUGAGUCUGACGAAGCCAGAAGUUUUGUGAACAAGAUAAAGAAACAUUUCCAAAACAAUGAUCAUGUAUAUAAAUCAUUUUUGAAUAUCCUGAACAUGUACAGAAAGAAACACAAGGGCAUUACUGAGGUCUACAAUGAGGUUGCCACACUUUUUACGGACCACCCAGAUUUGCUUGAGGAAUUUAAAAGAUUUUUACCUGGUGCUUCAGCUACGGCAGCAGCACCGCAUGCUCCGUUUGUCCAACAGUCUUUUCAUCAGGCACCGAUGGACAAGCAAUGCCACCGGGAUAGAAUUCUUGCUCCGCACAAACAUUGUGAUUCAAGUGUUGAGCAUGAUAACAUGGAUGAAGAUAAAACAAUGAUCAAAAUGCAAAAGGAUCAGAGGAAGCGUGCUGAAAAAGAUAAUAUGGAGAAACGGAGUAGUGACCAGGAUUAUAGAGAACCAGAACAUGAUCUUUAUGGGGACUUUAACAUGGGAAGCCUUCAUGACAAACACAAAUCUGGCCGAAAGGUUGAAGACCUUAGAGUUGAUCCGGUUUUGGCUUCUGAUGAUAAACAUGGCUUGAGAACCAUGUACAAGCGAGAGUUCAUUUUUUGUGAGAAAGUGAAGGAGAGAUUGCACAGGUCAGAGGAUUACCAGACGUUUUUGAAGUGUCUUCAUAUUUACAGCACAGACAUUAUCUCAAAAAAGGACUUACAAGGUUUGGUUGGUGAUUUGCUAGGAAAAUAUCCAGAUCUUAUGGAUGGGUUCAUUGAAUUUUUGGAGCGUUGUGAGAAUAUAGAUGGAUUCCUUGCUGGUGUUAUGAAUAAAAUAGCUUUCCUCUUCAUAGCGGAACCUUUGUGGAGUGAAGGGCAUGCAUCCAAAUCCGUGAAUGUGGAGGGGAAAGAUAAGGACCACAAGCAUGAGACAGAUGGAGCAAAAGAAAAGGACAGAUAUAAUGAGAAGUACAUGGGAAAAUCCAUUCAAGAACUCGACCUUUCUAGUUGUCGAUGUUGUACUCCUAGCUAUCGGCUUCUGCCUGAGGACUACCCAAUACCUUCAGCAAGUCAGACAUCAGAACUUGGUGCUCAAGUGUUAAAUGAUAAGUGGGUGUCUGUGACUUCGGGCAGUGAAGAAUACUCUUUUAAACACAUGCGCAGAAACCAGUAUGAAGAAAGCCUGUUUAGAUGCGAGGAUGAUAGGUUUGAGCUAGACAUGUUGUUGGAGUCGGUGAACUCAUCAGCUAAGCAAGCAGAGGAAUUGUUGAACUGCAUUAAUGAUAAUACAAUCAGUUCAGAGGUUCCGAUCCGUGUUGAAGACCAUUUUACAGCUCUUAAUCUAAGGUGCAUUGAACGUCUGUAUGGAGAUCAUGGUCUUGAUGUGAUGGAAUUGCUACGUAAGAACCCAUCUGUUGCAUUGCAUGUUAUAUUAACUCGCCUGAAGCAGAAACAAGAGGAGUGGACGAAGUGCCGUUCUUAUUUUAACAAGGUUUGGGCUGAAAUAUAUGCUAAGAACCACUACAAAUCUCUUGAUCAUCGAAGCUUCUAUUUUAAGCAACAGGAUUCAAAGGACCUGAGCACGAAAUCCUUGGUGACCGAGAUCAAAGAAAUGAAGGAGAAAACACAGAAAGUGGAUGACGUUGUUCUGGUUAUAGCUGCUGCAAGCAGGCAUCCCGUAAUUCCAAAUCUUGAGUUUGAAUACUCUGAUACUGAUAUUCAUUAAGAUUUGUACAAGCUCAUUAAAUACUCCUGUAGUCCUGUGAAGAGGUUUGCACAACAAAAGAACAAUUGAAGUUAUGAGGCUUUGGACUAGCUUCUUGGAGCCAAUGCUGGGAGUUCCUUCUCGGCAUCACCCUAUUGAAGGUACUGAGGAUGUUUUAAUGGCUACACAUCAUGCUGGCAAAAUUACUAAAGCUCUUACAGGAGAAGGUGACAGUACUAAACCUAUAAGCAAUGGUGAUGAAAGCUUCUUUCCAGAGCUAACAAAUUCUUCCAAGAUUUGUUUCGCAAGUGGGGAUACUUUGGCUCUAGAUCAUGAUUUUCAUCUUGAGGAAAAGCAGAAGAUUGAAGACUGGUGGACAAAGUGUCUGGAUUUGAUGUAACAGCGGGUUCUGGUGAACAAUUUACUCUCUGUUGGAGGUCAUAACAAUGAGGGGGAAGAAGUGACACCAGGGCAUGCAACUCCUCCUGGGUGAAGAUGUUUCUGGCAGUGAAUCUGCUAAUGAGUGCUCUAGGGAAGAGCAUGAAGAGGAUGAGGAUAGAGAACAAGAUGACGUUGAUGAUAAAAAUGAGAGUGAGGCUGAGGAGAUACCUGAUUCACGCUUCAUUAGAGAUGGAAUAUCUUUGUCACCGUCAGAGAAUUUCCUCCAUACUGUGAAGCCUCUUGCAAAACAUGUCAGUAUCGCACCAUAAUUAAAAGAGAGAUUAGCAUGUUUUUUUUUAUGGUAAUGACACUUUCUAUGUUCUUUUUAGGCUUCUUCAAAUUUAUGAGUGCCCUAUAUAAUUUGCUUGAUGGUUCAGCUGACAAUGAAAAAUUUGAGGAUGAUUGCCAAGCUAUUAUUGGAAAUCAGUCGUAUGUGCUAUUUACAUUGGCCAAGUUAAUAUGUAAGCUGAUGAAACAGCUACAAACUGUUGCCAGUGAUGGGACAGAGACAACAAGCUUCUUCAGUUAUAUGAAUAUGAAAAAACUAGGGCACGAGAGGAUUAUAUGUUGAUUCUGUUUAUUAUGACAAUGUACACGUUGUCCUCCAUCAUGAGAACAUAUACCAUUUUGCAUUUUCGUAUGGUUCCUCUCGCUUUUCCUUUGUGCUGAUGGAUGAUGGGAAGGACAAGGCGUGUAUGCCUCUUAACGUCAUUUGAGCCGAACUGUAGUUACGGGGAAGAAGUGUAGCAGGAAGCAUAUAGGACGUCCUUUCCUUGUGUAUGUGUUUGUGUGUUUGUUUUUACUUGUGGGGAAUUGCUCCUUGUUUUCUGCAUGGUCAAAUUUACCCUCUUCUGAUUAAUAAGGUUCUAUGUGCCAGAUCUCCAAUGUUUUAGAUACAGAAGACUUAUUCUUCCGUGUGAAAAGGCGAAAGAAUUUGUCAGAUGGCAGAUCCUCAUGCCAUGAUCAGGAAAGAGUAGAGAGUUUUCACCGAUUCUUAACGGCUUUGUACUAGAUGCUUUUUAUUGAUGACGGUAGAUGGUCUUUACUUGUCCCUUGUUUUAUUUUGACUCAAACAAAAUAGGUUGUUGAAGCACAUAAAAUUAAGAAAACACUAUUUCGCACAUUUCUGUGUUCAUUGUCAUGUACAGGAUCGAACAUGUACGGCUUUGAACUGGAAGCACAUUUCUUUUAUUAUGUUGCUCACAAUAUGAGCGGAAUCCACAUGUGGAAAUUGUUGAUAA